GUCCAUAACGUCAUAUCCUUGAAGCUUCUUUGCGUCAGUCAUGGUGAAGUCUGCGAUGUAAUAGUGUAUUUACGCCAAUAAUUUAUUUGGAUACUCGCGCAUCAUUUAACAGCUGGAAGCUGUGCAUUUCCUGUUUCCGGAAGUUGCCAUAUAAGAGGCAGAACCUUUGCUAUGCCUCUGUUUGGUAAAUCUCAGAAGAGCCCCUAUGAACUGGUAAAGGUGUUGCGCGAAGCGGUACUUGCUCUAGAGCGAGGGGACAAAAAGGCGGAAAAGGCGCAAGAAGAUGUGUCUAAGCAUUUGGUGAUGAUGAAGAACAUGCUGUACGGGACGAGCGACACUGAGCCGCAGACAGAUAUUGUGGUGGCUCAACUGGCGCAGGAGCUCUACAACACCAACCUGCUCCUCCUCCUCAUCCAGAACCUGUCCAAGAUUGAUUUUGAGGGAAAGAAAGAUGUGGCCCAGAUCUUCAACAACAUUCUACGGCGGCAGAUCGGCACGCGCUCACCCACGGUGGACUACAUCUGCACCAAGCCGGAAAUUCUUUUUACGCUAAUACAAGGGUAUGAGAAGCAGGACAUAGCUCUCAACUGCGGCACCAUGCUGCGGGAAUGUGCUAGGUACGAGGCGCUAGCGAAGAUCAUCCUAUCCUCGGACGAGUUUUUCAACUUCUUCAACUACGUCGAGGUGUCAACGUUUGACAUCGCGUCGGAUGCGUUCUCUACGUUCAAGGAGUUGCUAACACGUCACAAGAUGAUGUGUGCGGAGUUCCUGGAGCAGAACUACGACAAGGUGUUCUCUCACUACCAAAACCUCCUUAACUCUGAGAACUACGUCACAAGGCGGCAGUCACUUAAGUUGCUAGGUGAACUUCUGCUGGACCGGCAUAACUUCAGCAUCAUGACGCGGUACAUCAGCAAUCCAGAGAACCUCAAGCUCAUGAUGAACAUGCUGAAAGAGAAAAGUAGAAACAUACAGUUUGAAGCCUUCCACGUCUUUAAGGUGUUUGUGGCGAACCCGAACAAGCCGAAGCCCAUUCUGGACAUCCUGCUCCGCAACAAGGAGAAGCUCGUCGACUUCCUCACCAAGUUCCACACGGACCGCUCGGACGACGAGCAGUUCAACGACGAGAAGGCUUACCUCAUCAAGCAGAUCCGAGAACUGAAGCCCCUCGACAUUUCCAGCACAACGCCGGGCGAACAGCACUGACCAUUCCUAAAGUGGGACUAACCGCGCCCCCCACCCUAGCUGUUGUAGCCGAUUCUAGCCGAAUAACAAGCCGAGCGUGCUCUCCUUCCCCCCCACGAAAUCUUCCUGGAAACCCCCGGGAACCAAUCUUCCUCUUUUUAAGAAAAAAAGAAAAAGCAGAGUACGGAGACUUUGCACAAGAUGGCUGCCUUACGGAUGCCCCCCUCCCAUUGCCCUUCACGGGAGCACGUCUCCCCUAUCUGCACGAGUCGUUGCGUUGUAGCAGACGACGGGAAAGUCGGCAGUGUCGAUCGUGCACUUCGAAGGUUUCCUUGCCAUGUCUUCGGGAAAUGGGCAGACACGUUUUUGGAUUUUUGGAUUGCGUUUAGUCAUUACCGAAGGGGCAUGUUUUUUCUCUUUCGAGCUUCUGCGCUCUGUUCUGCACAUCUUAUCGUCGACUAGAGCCGACUAGAGUCAACUAGGCUUUGUUUCCCUUCCUUCCCAGUUUGCUUUCUUUUCCCUUUUUCUUUUCUUUUCUCUUUUUUUCGUGCUGUAGGCGUGUUUCGAUACAAAGGUGAAAAAAAAAAAAAAAGAUAACUUGUGUAGCAGUGGGGAAGCGAGCAAGGUGGUUUUGUGGCUAGCGUAUCCGUGCCCCCUCCCGGUAAAGCAGAGAGGGCGCUAGCGUUCCUCUCUCGUGGAAAGAUGCACCGUGGUCCUCUUUUUUAUAAAGGGCAGCUGUUUCCAGGGUAAAAAGGAGUCGGCUCUCCAGGGCGUCCAGGAGUCUGUCGAUUUUGAGCGAAAAAAAAAAAAAAAAAAAAACACGGCCAGUGCAAUGUGCAUGUUUCUAUUUUUGUCAAAACUUCCGCAUGUGUCUUCCGUGCAGGGACGAACAAAACGAUUGUUAACCGUGCAACCAGUGAAAGAGUUCUUUUUUUUUUUUUUUUUCCCUAGAGGUGUGUGGCUGUUAUUUCCUAUCUUGAAAAAAAAAAAAAAGAAAGGUAAAGUUUAAUACGUAACGAAGAAAAACCUUAGGUAUCCAUAAUAGGCAGCGUCUCGCGGGUGCACUGGGCUCCCUCGGUGCGUCUGUGGGCGUGGACGUAACUCUGGGGGAGCUCGGCCUGCCCGCACGAUUAGUUGGGUCUAAAAGAACGUGCCCCCAUCCUUCGGGCAAGAGGUGGCUCACGUUUUCUUCACAAUCUCCCUGAGCUUGUGCCUAUGCAGUUUCUUUUUCGUUGUCAGAAGAGCCAGUGCUACAAACACUUGUAAAUACCGUGUAUUCCUUCCCCCCCUUUCUCUCUGGUUUUGGUCCCGCAGUUAGAGUUGUGACAUACAAAAAAAAAAGAAUAAAGUGGAUGAGAAGGUUGCUUCUA